CUCUCCAGCUUCGAAUGGCUGCUUAAUAGUUUUCGUGGAGAGCCUCAUUCUUUAUGUUUUAGUUGAUUGUUAUCGCGUUAGAUUGUGUAUGGCAUGCCCCCGGCGCCUAAGGGGGGGCAUACCCCACAACAACGAAACCACCUCCACCUCCGGCUUCUAAAUUUUAUUUACUAUGUAUUUCUCUAUUGAUAUUUUUUGGCUCAGUUGGCUUGCUCGCGUGGGUUGACAAUAAUAAUGUCCCUUUUUAACAGGAGGUUGCUAUGGAGGCAGCAUUAGCGGGAACGAAAAGAAAAAAAAGACCCUGGACACCGAGCUGCAGAGUUUCCCCUUCCCCGCACUUAACUAUAACGGGGUGGUUUAGUUCACUAAUAACUUACCGGCUCUGCCGCCUGCGACACUCACUCUGUGCUUCGAUUUUGGUUGUUGGCUUGGGGGGGGUCUAUUAUUAUCUCUCCAUGGAUGCCACCAUUUAUGUUUCAAAGUGGACGGGAAGAGGAUAACUGGACGAUGGCUCCUCGAAUCCUCUCCCUCCCUCCCGUUCAAGUUGGGAACAAACCGCCAUCGGCUUCUGUGAUUGUGAGCCGAGGCGAAGCUGAACAACCUCUAUGGUUAACUAGUUAAAUAACAACACAGAGAAGCCCACAGCGGGGCAGUAUCUUUUUCGUUUUCUGCUCUGCUUGAUAUACGCAGCGUAUGUAGUCUGUUAAAAUGCGCUUGCGGAGGACCCGGCAAUUAUCGCUGUGAUACUGUACGGAGUAACUACUGUAUAACUUAUAUAGUUAACUUCUGUACGCAGCAAAGGGCCAAACCAGACUACUCGACGGCGCAUCCAUCCUAUUACACAGCUUGAUCCACGUCGCAUCGCACCCAAUUUACAAAAUAAAAUCACUUUCAAAGGGCAUAAGAACGAAAUAUAUCGAAAUAUACUCUUCCCUCCCGAGGGCCGUUACGGGUUUUUCCUUCCAGCCACGGAUCUCGCCUUGAAAUCUCCGCUAAAUACCCAACCACCCUUUUGCUUCGUCUUCCUUUCUCUCCUUCUAUAUAAAAAAAUAUCCUCAGUCAAAAAGGUUCCAGGCCCAAAAAAAAAAAAAAAAAAAAAAAAAAAAAAAUUCUCACCAUGGCUACAAAGGAAACCAUGCGCGCGGUCGUCUUUAAGGGACCCUACAAGAUUGCCGUGGAGGAACGGCCGGUGCCUAAGAUCCAGUCACCGACAGAUAUCAUUGUUAAAGUUAAAUAUGCGGCGCUCUGCGGGAGCGAACUCCAUGUUUUCCGCGGUCAUCAGCCGUCCGGCACUGGGUUUAUCAUGGGCCAUGAGUUCAUGGGCGAAAUUGUCCAAGUCGGUAGCUUAGUUAAGUCGGUGAACGUGGGAGAUAAGAUUGUCUGCCCAUUUACUACCAGCUGCUUAGAAUGCUUCUACUGCAAAAAUGGCUUUUCGUCUCGGUGUGCAAAAUCGCUGCUGUUCGGCAGCGCUGUGCUUGAUGGGUCCCAGGCAGAAUAUGUCCGCGUCCCUUAUGCUGAUGGGACUGUCAUGAAAGCCACGGAGGGAAUCCAGGACCACGCCCUCGUCCUUAUGGCGGAUAUCUUCCCAACGGGAUACUUUGCAGCCAGCAACGGACUCCAGCAGUUCACCAAGGAGCAACUUUCCGAGAUGACCGUCGUAGUGAUUGGUUGCGGGCCGGUGGGACUCUGCGCAAUCAUCAACGCAGAGGACUACAAGCCCAAACACCUCCUAGCAGUUGACUCUGUACCAGCGCGGCUCGAGCUUGCCAAGUCGCUGGGCGCGGAACCGUGGAAUUUCCAAACGGACCCCGAGGGACUGGAUAAGCGUGUCAAGGAGCUGACUGAUGGCAGAGGCGCUGAUGUGGUGAUUGAGGUGGUUGGGCUGAGUCCUGCUCUGAAGAUGGCAUUUGAACUUUUGAGGCCAUGGGGCACGAUUAGUAGUGUGGGCGUUCACAAUGGGCAGAUCCCCUGGACGGGCAAUCAGGCUUACGGAAAGAACCUGAAGAUUCAGAUGGGAAGAUGUCCCGUGCGGUCCAUAUUUCCGCAGGCUAUUGAUAUACUCAAGAAGAAGCAGCAUCUGCUCGGAUUCAUGGCGGAUAAGAUCAUGCCACUGAGCGAGGCGGAGGAGGGAUAUAGCAUUUUUGAUAAAAUGCAGGUGCAGAAGGUUAUCUUUGAGGGAGAUAAAUAAAGGUAAACUGAAGGCACAGGGAAGAAGCUGCUUCACUACCUCGUUGCUUCGGUGUCUUCGUUGAGUCGCUCGAUCUCAACAGGAUAUGUUCCUGACAUACGGGCCUGGCUGUAAAACAUAAAUAAAUAGUCUAUAUUUUUUUAGUUCCUUGCGAACACGGUUCCCAGAAUGAAUAUUCAACGAAUCAGUUUUGUGCUGCCCCGUCUUUGUUUUUAUUCUCCCCGUAACAUUGGUAGAGCAGAUACCGACCGAUAUACGGAGCAGACACCAGUCUGAACCCUCAUGUAGAAAGGCAUUGCCUGUUUCUUUUCGGGAUUUAGAGGAUUCAGUUGGAUUGGCAGUGGAUAAUUCUGCAAGGUUACAACUUGCAUUCAGUUGUAAGAGGUUUUUUAACGGUAUUCUGAGAUGAUUUAGAUAUUUUGAGCGCGCUGUUUGACCUUGAAUUCGAGCAGAAAGCUACCACAAAAAUAAGUCAUACUACAACCGCAAUAUCCUAUGAACUAAAGUCUCCCUAUCUUUUUUCUAACAGAGAUCUAAGAGUUGAUGCGUCCAGUAGAAAGCUGGUAUGGGGCAG